AACAUUCCAAUCCCUCCUAAACUGUCCUCCUCCUCUUUUGCUGGACAAACUGCAGUGUGUGUGGGACUGUGACACGUAAACCCAGUCUGUUUCAUUCACCACGUAGAUACCCCUACCUGGGGCAGGGAGAGAAGAAAAAAUAUCCCCUGUCCCGAACCAAAUUCCAGUUUUUUUGCAUCAUGGAGGCGAGAGACGCCAUUGCAGGUGCUCUUGUUGCCAAUGAUGGAGAAGCAGACACUGCAAAGAAAAGUGCGACUCCUAUAACAGAUAAAGCACACACACAGAGCAGAAUGGAGCAGAUUCUUGGGUUCAAGAAGGAGGAUCUGAGUUCCUGGCAGAGCCUGGUGGCUCUCCUGAACCGUCCCACUGACCCUGCCUCUCUGGGUAUCUUUCGCUGUUUGUUUGGUCUGCUGAUGGCCAUCGACAUCACGCAAGAGCGUGGUCUGAGUCAUUUGGACUACAAAUACUUGGAUGGGGCCCCUGUGUGUCGCUUCCCACUUUUCAACUUCUUACAGCCGCUGCCAUUGGACUGGAUGUACCUGGUCUACUUGGUGAUGUUCCUUGGUGCACUGGGCAUCAUGGUUGGCUGCUUCUACCGCCUGUCCUGUCUCAUGUUCAUCUCAACAUACUGGUACAUUUUCUUUCUGGACAAAACGGCCUGGAACAACCACUCGUAUCUCUACGGCCUCAUUGCAUUCCAGCUCACUCUCAUGGAUGGCAACAGAUACUGGUCGAUAGAUGGAUUGCGAAGGCCCACUAUAAGAAAUGCUCAUGUUCCUCUUUGGAACUACACCAUUCUGAGGACACAGAUAUUCAUUGUGUACUUUAUCGCUGGAAUCAAAAAGCUGGAUGCAGACUGGGUGGAGGGAUACUCAAUGUCAUAUCUAGCACACCAUUGGCUUUUCGACCCUUUCAAGGCAAUUCUUCCUGUGGAGUUAGUGAGUCUGCUGGUGGUGCACGGAGGCGGUCUGGCUCUGGACCUAACUGCUGGCUACCUGCUGUUUUUUGACGCUACGCGGCCUGCUGCAAUUUUCUUUGUCUCCUACUUCCACUGCAUGAACUCUCAGCUCUUUAGCAUCGGAAUGUUUCCCUACACCAUGCUUGCCACCAGUCCCCUCUUUUGCUACACUGACUGGCCCAGAAGAUUCUUUGGCAGCUUCCCGGCUGUCCUCGGCCCAGUCCUGCCCCUGACCUCGGUGCAGCCUCAGCCCAGUACCUCCUGUGUUUACCCUGACACCUGCAGCGCUGAUCAACAGGAGACCCCACCUGCUGCCAAAACUUCCAAACUGAGACUUAAGCACAAGCUGGGAGCCCUUUUCACAAUUCUUUACAUAACAGAACAGUUCUUCAUGCCAUAUUCCCACUUCAUUACAAAGGGCUACAACAACUGGACCAAUGGCUUAUAUGGCUACUCGUGGGACAUGAUGGUUCACUCCCGCAGCCAUCAGCAUGUGAAGAUCACUUACAAAGACGGAAAAACUGGUGAAAUCGGAUAUCUUAACCCGGGGGUGUUCACACAGAGCCGCCGCUGGAAAGACCAUGGAGACAUGCUGAAGCAGUAUGCUACAUGCCUCAGUGAUUUACUGCCCCGCUAUAACAUCUCUGAGCCUGAAGUCUACUUUGAUAUCUGGGUGUCCAUCAACGAACGCUUCCAGCAAAGGAUCUUUGAUCCUCGCGUGGACAUUGUGAAGGCGGACUGGUCCCCUUUCAAACCGAACACGUGGCUGAUGCCGCUGCUGGUGGACCUCUCGCCCUGGAGGACCAAGUUCCAGGAGAUAGAGGGCAGUUUGGACAACCAGACAGAGAUCGUCUUCAUUGCUGACUUCCCAGGUCUGCAUUUGGAAAACUUUGUGAGUGAAGAUCUGGGCAACACCAGCAUCCAUUUAUUACAGGGGCGAGUCAAUGUUGAGAUUGUGGAGGAGAAAAAGAACUACACGCUUCAGCCUGGUGAGCAGAUAAAGGUCCCCGCUGGAGCCUACCAUAAGGUGUACACGGUUUCUGAGGACCCAUCUUGCUACAUGUACGUCUACGUGAACACCACAGAGUCUGCGCUGCAGGAGAACUUCACCAAGCUGUUUGAGCUUCAGGAACGUAUACGCAACGGAACAGAAACCGAGCCGCUCCCUCCUGAGCUGCAGCCCCUGAUGACUGCAGAUGACGAUGGCGGCGCAGAGGUCAACGCCACCGACCCCAUAGUGCGGCUGUUCCUGAAGAGACAGCGCCGGAUGAAGGAGGUGAAGAAACGCAGGGAAGCCGGAGUGCUGGAGCGCCUGGAACGCUUUGCUGUGAAGAAGUACUAUACAAUACGGAGGGGAUUCUUGAUGACGGCCAUCGCCAUACGGAAUCUGGCGGUAGGUCUCCCCCCUCUGGACCAGCUGAGAAGUGAGGUCGCCUUUGCCAACAUGAAGGAGCCUCAAGCAGAAGACAACCAAGAUGACCGGCUCAAAGAUGAAGUUGGUCACGGAGAACUUUAAAGUCUUAAAAGCUGGUGAAUUACCUGCCGUUGCUGGAAAAACACACUUCUAUCUGUGUCACUACUGGACUGUUACCCGCUGGGGCGCCUCUAACCAGGAAGCACAGCAAGCUUAAUUUGUAUUUUGAAAAAACUCAGAAAUUUUAAGUAUUUGAGGGAAUUUCCAGACGUAAAGUCGAAAUUUUAGCCAACAUUUAUUUUAUGGAUGUGAACACACUACAGAAUACGCGGUUUGGCUGCGGAACCUUCGUGUUAAGAUGGUGUUCAGUUAAGGCCGAACGAUGAGAUCGCAAAGACAAAAGUGCUAUUUUGUGGUCUAUAGAAACAUGCUACGCUAUAAAUGCUGCCACCUUUAAAAUGACGUGUAAAGAGUCACGGAACACAGCUAAGUUUCUUUUAUGUUUCAAAGGGACAGAUUGAAGCGAAUCAACAGUUUUUCAUGGAGUUAACUGUUGUGAAUUGUUUUUUUCUUCAGUGGGAGGGAAACGGGGACGGCUAAUGAUGUAACACAACUGUCUGUCUGCAAUGUUUUCUAGUCAUUUUUCCAAAGUCAAAUUUUUUGUAUUUAAUUAAAAAAAAUCAACUUGAACUUUGAGUCUGUAUAAAGGCUGUAUUUUAUUGGUGUUAG